AAUCCUUUAGCCUUAAUCAAUGACUUUAUCAUAAAAAAAGAUCAUAGAUUUGAAGCAAUCCCCUUUUUUUCCCUCGUAUUCUUUUUGUUAUAAUUACCCCUUUUUGCUUGCAUAAUCUCCCCAACCAAUACAAAGUCUGGUUCUUUCUUUUUCACCCUUCUAAAAAUAGUAUCAAAGGCUGAAUAUUGUAUUGGAGGCAUUGGUUCUCCAUGGGAGAAGCCCCAGCAUUGUUUGUUGAGGAUCUAAAGGAAGGAUUUUCAAAUGGAUUUGGUUUAAGAUCCAAAGGCUUCAAGACAUGUACUGAUGUUGGGGACAAGACAUUUGUGAUUGGUUGCAAUGGCAAUGAUUCUGCAUCAUCCCUUGAGGUUCAGAUCUAUGACAAAUCUAGAGGGGAAUGGGUGAUUCCUGCUGUUCUGGGAACGAAACCGAAGCCAUAUGAAGGCCAUUCAGCCGUUCUUUUGAAUGAGGAUCAAAUAAUGAUUAUCAUAAAGGGUUCCAACCCCGAUGACUGCAUUUGGUUUCUCGAGGUGGACACUGAAUAUGUUGGGCAGCAGAGAGGAGCGUCGGGGACUGAAGUCGUUGCCUGGAGUAAGGGCGUGAGAGGUGAUGCUGAGAAGCCGGUUGUUAUCAGCGGUCCUUCCGGAGUUGGCAAGGGGACAUUAAUCAAUAUGCUUAUGAAGGAAUUUCCAUCCAUGUUUGGAUUCUCUGUCAGCCAUACAACCCGUGCACCCAGGGGGACGGAGAAGAAUGGAGUUCACUACCAUUUUACCGAGCGAAGUAUAAUGGAGAAAGAUAUCAAAGAUGGUAAAUUCCUUGAGUUUGCUUCUGUUCAUGGAAAUCUCUAUGGAACCAGUAUCGAAGAAGUAGAGGCAGUAGCGGACUCGGGAAAGAGGUGCAUUCUUGACAUCGAUGUUCAAGGAGCAAAGUUGGUACGGGCCAGUUCUCUCGAUGCCGUUUUCAUCUUUAUCAGUCCACCCUCGAUGAGAGAACUUGAAGAGCGGCUCCGCUUAAGGGGGACUGAAACAGAGGAGCAAGUCCAAAAGCGCCUCCGCAACGCCGAGGCAGAAAUCGAGCAAGGGAAAUCCUCAGGCAUCUUCGAUCAUAUAUUAUGUAACGAUAAUCUUGAGAAGUGUUACGAGAAUCUUAAGAAACUGCUCGGACUGGACGGAAGUGUACCAACCAACACUAAACCAUCACCCGAAGGGAUCGAUCUGCCUCCGAACUAUUCGGUGUCAAAGAUCGAUAAUAAGAUCCUUAUUAAGCGUGAGGCUCCGGAAUCGGGAAAUGCAACAAAGAACUCGAUCGUUCUUGAUAUAUCCUCGCUUAAAGGCGGUGCACCUGGUCGGACCAGAGGACUGAACGUUUAUGCCAUUGACUCGUGUUCGGAUCGCAUAAACGGGCUUCAUAAACCGAGCUAACGACUGCAACACCAUACGAUGCCUAGCUGCUGGUGUUUUAAAGAUCAUUUGCAUGCGAUUUCAUCCCCCUUCUUUCCCUACUCAAUUAUUUUGGCUUGUUUAACAACGAAGAAGGUAACAUUUUAGUGUUCCCACAAGGCCAAUACGAGAGAAUUUGUCAUUCGUGCAGCAAUCAAAUGCGAUUCUAUUACAA